AUGGCAAGUUCAUCAAAGGAAAAAGCUGUUUGGAGCUCGGAGGAUGUAGAAACCUUUUGUAGGUUGUGCGUUGAAGAAAUUGAAAAAGGCAACCGUCCAUCAAACAACAAAAGGGAUGGAUGGACAGUCAUAAUUAACAAGUUUGAGGAGCAAAGGCACAAAAAGUAUGAUAAAAAUAAAAUGAAGAGUAAGUGGGACAAUCUUAAGGACGAAUGGAGACGAUGGAGGUCAUUGACUCUGAAAGAAACGGGAGUAGGAUGGGAUCCAAUGAAGAAUACUAUUGAUGCAACCGAGGAAUGGUGGGAGAAGAAAAUUCAGGAAAAUCCUAAGUUUAGAGCUUUUAAAACGAAAGGCAUUAAGCCGAGCCUUCAAGCUUUGAUGGACAAAAUGUUCGGUGAUACAGUUGCCACUGGAAGUGUCACAUGGACACUUGGGCGCGGUUUGUGUGUUGAUAAGGAUGAUGUGGCCACACAACUUGAUAUUGAGGAUUGUGCAGGUUCUACCGAUGAAAAUAUAGAGUGUAGUGUUGGUGAAAAGACUGUGGAUCAUGCUCAAAGCAAAAAAAGAGCAUCGCAAAGUUCAGUGAGGCAUGCACCAAAUAAGAAACAAAAGAAAUUGAGUACAAGUGCCGAGCUAAGUUCACAAAUGGAAAGAAUUGUUUUAGCUUUUGAAACUAGGAGCAAUGCCCCAACUGUUGUGAGGGAAUUUGAUCCUUACAAAGAAAUUAUGGACGCUUUGGAUGGCAUACCCGAGAUUAUGCAAGAUGGAGAGCUAUACUUUUUUGCACUAGAACAUUUUGCAGAAAAGAAGGAUUUUAGGCAAAUCUUCAUGAACUUACGUGACAACGAGAAAAAAGUCCAAUGGAUCAAGCGUCGAUUCGAGAAGCAUACUUCAAAGUAG